CACGAUUGGCUUGCUGAACAAGAUAUCUUGGGAAUUUGGACUUAAAUGUCGAAGCAAUUUCUUUACGCAUGUGUCGUGGUAUCAUCUAUUCUACUUGUUUCAGUGUCGGCCUUUGAUCCUAAUCAAUACGUGAACGAGACCGUAGAGUUUUCCAUCGUAUACGUGGAACAGAAAUAUUCAAUGGAUGCUAUAUCAUACAUCAGCUAUCGGAUUGGAUCAUUGAGCCCGUCACAAAAACUACCAGUCAUCGACUUAGUCAAGUACGUCUUCUACACCUCCAUUUCUCCCAAAGUAAAGAUUGUUUCUUUUAACAUGCUUCAUAACCUAAAACCAGAUGCCCAUUCAAUUCCGGACGCAAGAUUCUGGUUAGCAGAUCAAAUAUCUGAGAUUGAUCCGUCUGAUCGACCCAAAUGGCAAGCAUUUGUAAAUGAACUAUCAGAGUUGGAUCAAUUACAUUAAUUCAGUUCAAUUACAAUUGUAAUUACAAUUACUCACUUGAAUAUUUCAAUUACACUAUUAUAGGCUUGUAAUGAAGUCAAAUCCAGAAGCAUGUUUCCUAAACAUUUUAUUCUUUGUAUUCUUUGUCAAUAUAUACGUUCAUGAAACUGAUUAUAAAUUUGCUAUCAUUUUGUUGGCGACUAAAAUAUGUAGCAUCAAAUUGCGUUUAAAAUCGAUACAUCUCGCUCUUAUUUUAUUUAGUUCACACAGUUUGCAAAUGAAAUCCGUA